UGGCUGUAUGCAAAUGUUUGUAAUCCCUGCGGAGUUUUUUUUAAAAGUUUAAUUUUAGAAGAUCCAAUCAGAAUAACAGGAAGUGACCUAAGGAAUUCCACAAUUGGCCAGCUACACAUUCUAAAAAAUGUUUUAAAAAUUAAUAUCACAUCCACUUACCUUCACUGCUGCAAGGUUUUUUAAAGUGAUAGUCUGCCACCUAUGUUUACUUAAUAUCAGACAUAGCCUGAUCAGUCUUUUCGCUGUUGCAGCUAAAGGAUUUCCCCAACAGACCCAGCAGCUAAAUGAGAUCAUGAUUUUAGAAGGAGCUGGCAAAAUGAGUCUUAAUUCUGCCACAAGUCUUCUCCAUGAGCUGCCGUCCUGGACUGAUGGAUAUCCACCAUGUAAUGCACCAGGUAGUUUUUUUGGAACUCAAUGGCAUGAAAUACAUCCUCAAUACUGGACAAAAUAUCAGGUCUGGGAAUGGCUCCAGCAUCUCUUGGACACCAACCAGCUUGAUGCCAAUUGCAUUCCUUUCCAGGAGUUUGAUAUCAGUGGUGAACAUCUGUGCAACAUGACUUUGCAAGAUUUCACCCGGGCAGCUGGUACAGCUGGACAGCUUCUUUACAGCAGUCUUCAUCAUCUGAAGUGGAAUGGUCAAUGUGGAAGUGAAAUGUACCUGUCACACAAUGUCAUUGUUAAGACAGAACAAACAGAUCCAUGCAUAAUGACAUCCUGGAAAGAAGAUAAUUAUUUUUAUGAUAGUGGAUAUGGUGGCACAGUAGAAUUAGUAGACAGCAAAGCCUAUUGUCGAGCACAGAUUUCAAUCAAUGCGGCCAAUCACCAGCCUAUUGAAGAUUCUUCAAAUGUUAAGAAAAUAGUGCAAGAACAUCCUCAAAAAUCACAAAACAAGAAGCACACUCCUCGAGGGACUCACUUGUGGGAGUUUAUCCGUGACAUCCUCCUGCAUCCAGAGAAGAAUCCAGGGUUGAUAAAAUGGGAGGACCGAUCUGAAGGCAUCUUCAGAUUUUUAAAAUCGGAGGCAGUAGCUCAGCUGUGGGGGAAAAAGAAGAACAAUAGCAGCAUGACAUAUGAGAAACUGAGCCGUGCCAUGAGGUACUAUUACAAAAGAGAAAUUCUUGAGCGUGUAGAUGGUCGAAGACUCGUAUACAAAUUUGGGAAGAAUGCCCGUGGCUGGAGAGAAAAUGAGAACUAAAGGCAACUCAAAAGCCAACCCUCCCAACCCCAAAAAUGAUAGUUGUACAAUGGAGCCACUGCUAAAAGGAACUCCUACUGGAUGUAAAUAUUUCAAAGACUAUUUUCUUCUAUUUAUGUACAAAAAAUUGGGUGGAAGACAGUAAUCUAAUGGGAAGAAGGAACACUAUUGUUUGUCAAUGUUAUUUUUUUGAAUUUAAAAUAUGUCCUUCUACAGGGAAAAUGUACACAGUUUUCUGUGACCUAUGAUAAUGUGGUGUAGUUGUGUUUGGAUAUGUGUUUGCUCUUCUUUAUGAAGACUUCUGAAAAGUGUAUUCUGGGAUAAAUGUGAUUUAUUAUAAUGCUGUGAGAGUUAUAUGUAAUGGGAGGAAAUCAUAGGGCAUUACUUUUCAUUUGGGAGACUGCAAAUAAGGCCUACUACCUUCUGCAUAUAAAACAAAUUAGGGUUUAUCUCUAUCUUUUUUAUCUCAGUUGUAUGGGUUGUAUGAGGAAAUCUGUCCAUUCAUGUCAUGUCUCUCUUAUUAGAGGUAGCAGCAUAAGAAGAGGCAGACAGCAAACUGAAUCUGUCUUUAUGUCUUUAAUUGGUGCAAGGUAUGCCUUGGCCUCAUUUUAUGGUCCUAAAGUUAGAGGAAGAUUGAACAAUUUAUUUGAUUGUUGAAAGGAGGACUGUGUUAAGUUCUUGAAAUGACAGAUUCAGAACCAUGGCCUCACUUAAAGAGAAUGUUUGUAAAAUGUGGAUUUGUUAAAUUAGUGAUAUCACUGAAAGGAUUUUAAAAAAAAAUAAGUGAAAGGUGAAUUUGGUCAAUAGUCCUGAAGGCUUUCUUAUGUUCCGAAAUCAUGCUAUACUAUGACCAUAGACCCUCUCACAUCUCUCAGCACUAUGAGGGAUACUCAGCACCUUAUAGCACUGUACUCAGCACUUUAUAGUACUAUGACUCCACUUUAAUUGCCUUGGCUACAUCCGAUGGAAUCCUGUGACUUGUAGUUUGGUCAGCACUGGAGCUCUCUGGCUGAGGAUUCUAAGGCCCAAAACAGAUAGGCCAGAAAGAGCAGCUUCUGGCUGUUUUGGGGACAUGGCAUGCAGAUGAUGUAAACCCCCAGAUAGGCCAUAAGUUGCUCUGAGGCCACCUAAGGCAGCCCGAAAUGGCGGACAAAAGGAAUAGUAAAAAUCCACUUCUGCCAGUGGCUAAUUUGGGAUUGCAGUGACAGCCCAUUUUCAGAGUGGUCUGUGCAGCUGCCAUGGUCCCAGCCAAUCAGGGCCAGAUUACAGCUUCACCCCUAAGUUACCUGUCCUUAAAGUGCAAACCUCAGGAUUCCUUAGAAUGUUUGCAUGGCUGCUAAAGUAGAAUCAUAGUGCUAUAACUGAGUAGUGUAAAAUAACCACUUGAUUGUUCCUUGUUUGUUACUGUUACCAUGGUGGUGGUCAGCUUCCAAUUUGACACGAGUUUCAGUCCAAGUCUUUCCCUGCAAAGGAUUGAGCCCAAAAUUCUAUAGAUACUAAUGCUCUGCAGCACGGAAAGCAUGCAUUCUCUCAUACUCCCACGAGUAUGAUGUACACUAGCCUCAGCCCCACAGAGUUGAUAAACCUCCAUAUUUAUUGCACUAUAUGUCACAUUUAUUGGCACUCUCCUGCAUUCAAAAAUGUUACCUAUAUAUAACAUUAAUUUCUCCAGUUCUGUUUUAGCAGGUAACAUCUAUUUUUCUAUUUGUAAGGAUUUUAAAAUUAUUAUUGUUUUGGAAGCGUGUCCAUGUGGACACCUACUUGUAAUCUGAAACAAUACACUCAGAUACAGAUUUACCACUUCUGGGAAAACGAAGCCAUUGCCCUAAGGGCUAAAUUUUAAAAUGUCCUCUUUCAUUUUUCCCCAAAACCCAAACCUUGGUUCAACAUUUUUGACUAGAAUUCUGAGGUGCCAGUUUGGUAUUGUUUUGGAUGUGGGGAUGGAAGAACAUGACAAAACAGGUACAGUCAGCCUUCCACAUAAAUACAAAGAAAUUCCAAGAGGCAAACCUUGAUUUUGCCAUUCUAUAUAAGGGUCAAUAUGUAUAUAACAGGACUUGGGCAUCUAUGGAUACCAAGAGCCCAUUGUAACAGCAUAGAGCAAGAAAGCCCCAAAGUAGCUGGAAAACUGACCAGUCUUUGCAGGAGAACAAAGUUCUAUACCACCUUAGACAAACAGAUUUAUUAUGGCAUAGACAUUUGUGGACUAGUGCCCACUUGAUUUGCUGCAACAGGCUAAUUUGUCGCUCUCUCUCUCUCUCUCUCUCUCUGGGUUUUGCAGAGAAAACACACCUAGGCAUGUCAGGUAGACAACACCUUCUCCUGUGCAGUUCUUGCCAAAGCUGUCACCAUCAAUUAGAGUUAUGUGACAUUUUUGACUUUACAUAAGAUGGGUGAGGCAGGUUCAUCUUAUUUACAGAUGAAGUCAUAAGACUCCAUCCUUCAAAGCAAGUAUUUUGUUCUUGUAUGUUUUGUUAUUCUGAGAUACUACUUCUAUCUCUGACUAUAAUUUUGCUUUCUUUCUUUUUCUAUGUCUCUUUUCCCUCAAAGUUCCUGAUGUGUAAUUAAUUAUCCUACCUUCCAUUAAUGGUAGACAAUGGUCUGGACGUGUCAUUCUUUUCUGAUUUGGGCCAGUAUAGCAUGCGACUAAGUCAAAGAGCCAUUGCAAGUGUGUAAUAUGUGCCAUAUUUUAUAUAGACACAUUUAUAAAAGAGAAUAUAACAUCUCCCAGAUCACCAAGAUUGUACUUUUAAUUAAUGAAUUCCUGACAAUUAAAAGAGAACUUCACAGAGUCAUCUUUCCCUGGGUAAUAUGAGAUUGUAAUUGAAACAAGUUCUGCGGUACCUGCAAAAUGAUAAAAAAGCUGAUGCUUGCAAUACUAUGUCACAACUGUAGUGACUUUAAGGGAAGCCUUCAGGCACUUUCACUGCCAUUUUUUUCCCCUUUUGGGCCCUGCAUCUUUCAGGUUUUCGAAAUCUUGCAGUUAUUUUAUUGUUUCUCAGGCACUAGUCGGCAGAUCAUGUGGCAAUUAUGCCAUAAUGUAAAGCUAUGUUGUUGUAGGAAGGCUAGCAAGCAAUAGCAAGUACAUUUCUAUACGGCUUAUUGGUGCACUUAAGCACUCACUAAGCAGUUUACAAUGUGUAAGCUAAUUGCCCCCAACAAGCUGGGUAUUCAUUUUAGUGACCAUGGAAAGAUGCCAGGCUGAGUCGACUCUGGAGCCCCUGGCUGGUAUCGAACUGUGAGUGAGUGACUGCAUUACUAGCAUUUUACCACUGAACCACUAGGGCUGCUUUAAAGGAUGAUGCUAUAAAGGAUGAUGCUAUAAAGACUAUACCAUUCACAAUAAGUCACUAUUUCAAGAUUUUUAAAAGUUACUUUUAGCAUUAAAGCUCUCAGAGCUCCUCAGUCAGGAAGAUGAUUUUGGGAGUUGCCAUCCAAAAAUGUAUCUUUUCUAAGCUUAGAACCAUAUUGGUAUGUUGGGAAGCGUGUGAAAAUUGAUGGUAAUACAUACACUGCUGACUUUAGUUGGUGAAAUAAUCAUACUUUUUUCACAGCAUGAGAAAUUGAGUGCUGGGACUGUGCCAUGAUUUUGUUGUAAACAGAAAGAUUUAGUAAAACAUUUGCUCAUAAUAAAAUUCUGUUUGUUCCAAAUGAGCAUGGUGUCCAGUGAUGUUCACCCGGAAACAGUUUCCUCUAGGCAGCCUGCUCUCUUUAACUUCAGUUCCACUAAUUUUAUCAGAGGACUAGCAAUGUCUUCCAGCAUUCUCACCAUAUUGGAACUAGGGGUGCAUCUACACUGUAUAGAAUCAUAGAAUCAUAGAGUUGGAAGAGACCGCAUGGGCCAUCCAAUCCAACCCCCUGCCAUGCAGGAAAUCCAAUCAAAGCAUCCC